AUGUGCGACGCCAGUGAUCUUGCUGUUGGGGCCGUAUUGGGACAACGAAGAAAUAAGAUAUUUCACGUAAUCUACUAUAUAAGUAAGACCUUGAACGACGCUCAAUUAAACUAUGCCACUAUAGAGAAAGAGCUCAUUGCCGAUAAAUUUCGAUCAUAUCUUGUGGGGUCAAAGGUCAUCGUUUACACAGAUCACACAGCCAUCAAGUACUUAAUGGAAAAGAAGGAUGCCAAGCCACGUCUUAUUCAUUGGAUACUACUGCUUCAAGAGUUUGAUCUGGAAAUCAGGGAUAAGAAGGGCAGUGAAAACGUGGUAGCAAAUCACUUGUCUCAACUCGAGACCCCAGAGCAGACAGAGACCGUGAAAAUCAAUGAAGUCUUCCCAGAGAAACGAAAUGUCUUUGAACAAUAUCCUGGAGGUGGAACUAUUCGAUGUCUGGGGAUCGACUUCAUGGGGUCAUUUUCCCCAUCAUUCUCUAAUCAGUACAUAUUGGUGGCUGUGGAUUUCGUAUCGAAGUGGGUAGAAGCCGUUGCAUUGCCUACCAACGAUGCGAAGGUGGUGAUUGAUUUUCUAAAGAAAAAUAUUUUCACUCGCUUUGACACACCGAGAGCUAUAAUCAGUGAUGGGGGCAAACAUUUCUACAAUUGCCAAUUUGAACAGUUGUUGACUAAAUAUGGCGUUAAACAUCGUGCAGCCAUUGUAUAUCAUCAUCAAACCAGCGGACAGGUAGAAGUGUCCAAUAGGCAAUUAAAGCGAAUACUUGAAGUCACAGUAAGCUCUUCACGAAAAGAUUGGUCUAAGAAGCUAGACGACGCCUUGUGGGCCUAUAGGACUGAAUUCAAGACUCCUAUAGAGAUGUCACCAUAUUGA